AGACGAGACGAUAACACAACACAAUAAACAUUGAAGCUGUUCCAUAAACAUCAAUAAGAUAUACUAUUUAAGAAUGAAGUUAGAAGUUGAAAUAAUCUCCAAAGAAAUCAUCAAACCUUCUUCUCCAACUCCAUCCCAUCUUCGCCAUUACCAACUCUCCUUUCUCGACCAAAUCGCGCCUAUGGUUUAUAACCCUAUCGUCCUCUUCUACUCUCACAACGACGCACUCAACACAGCCACCAUAUCCAACACUCUCAAAAAAUCCCUAUCAAAAAUCUUAACUCAUUUCUACCCUCUUGCGGGAAGAAUGAACAACAAAAACUUCAUAGACUGCAAUGACGAAGGAAUCCCUUACAUAGAAACAAAAAUCACAAACUACAAUCUCAAAGACAUUAUUCAAAAUCCAAUCCCAAAUGAACUCAACCGUUUGAUUCCAUUUCAACUUGACGAUAUCACAAACAUCGCUUUCGGUAUUCAACUCAAUUUUUUUAGCUGUGGUGGAAUUGCAAUCGGUGCUUGUCUUUCACAUCAAAUAGCUGAUGGUUUAUCAUUUUUCAAUUUCCUCAAUAGUUGGGCAAAUAUUACUAGAAAAUUGAUUUUUCCAAAACCUAUUUUUGAUUCUUCUAAGCUUUUCCCGCCCAAAAAUAUUUCGGGAUUUGACCCUAGAAGUGGUAUCGCCAAAGAAAAUAUAGUUUGCAAAAUUUUUGUUUUUAAUGCUGACGUGGUUGAAAAUCUAAGAGCAAAAUAUAUUAAUUUUAAUCCUACACGCGUUGAGGCUUUAUCGGCUUUUAUUUGGAGUCGUUAUGUUGAUGUUAUUUAUAAUGAUGGUGUGCAAAGAAACUAUGGUGUGGUUCAUGCGGUGAAUUUGCGCCAAAAAAUGGAACCACCAUUACCUUUAGAAUCGUUUGGUAACUAUUUGCGAUUUACAAUAACGAUUCCGAAGAUGAAUAGUGGAGAAGAGUGUUACGGGUUAGCGAAGCAAGUGAGAGAUGAGAUAAAGAAGAUUGAUAAAGAAUAUGUGAAGAAGGUUCAAGAAGGUAAGGAGCAUUUGGAAUUUCUUAAGGAAAGUUUUGAUAGAGUGAUUGUGAAGGAGGAAUUGGUUGUGUUUAAUUUUACCAGUUUGUGUAGGUUUCCUUUGUAUGAUGCUGAUUUUGGUUGGGGGAAACCUAUUUGGGUUGGUUCAACUGCUUUGAAUUUUAAGAAUUUGGUUGUGUUUGUUGAUUGUAAGGAUGGGGGUGGUAUUGAGGCCUAUGUUAGCUUGAAGGUUGAGGAUAUGGUUAAGUUUGAAGCUGAUUUGGAGUUACUUGCAUGUGUGAAUAAAUGAAGAACUUGAAUAUUAUUUGCUUGUGUUAGCAAAAAAAUUAAGGAAUGAAAUCAGUGGAGUAUUGAGUAAUGAUUGUGUUAUAUUUUGAAAUUAUUUUCCCACAAGUAUCAUUCACCUCCGUCAUCAGAACCACCAAUGAGUAAAAUGAUCAGCUACCAUCGCAGACCUCGUCCGUCUUCGGAUUAUGAACCUGCACAAACGCGUUUCAAUUGGAUCUACACGAUGUUCUUCGGGCCGGAGAUAAGUGGAUUCUCAACAAUCCAUGUAAAAAAAUGAGGUAUGAAUAAGUUAUUAUUUAUUGUUGAUUUCCCAACCAUAAACAUUUGUUUGCUAUGCAGCCAUCUGGAUGCUUGUUUAAGUAGAUUAUAGAGAUAGACAGACAAUGACAUUAAGCUAAGCUGGUGGUACCCAUAGAAACUAAGAUUUUAAUGCAUGUUUCAGUAUGUAAAAAAUUGUGGAUUUUUAAGUGCACUAUUGGUAAACCAAUAUUAGAUAUCCGUUUAUCGCUAAGCACUGGUGAGUAAUGAGGCUUUAAUGAACAUGUUUUUAUAUGGAAACUCCUUUUGUUGAAGAUGUCAUUCAUUGGGUAGCCUAGUUUAACAUGUAGACCUGUACAUGAAUGCGUAUAUGAUAUUGUUCAAUCUAGUUUGGGUCUAAAAUGUUGCAGCAUUUCAUGGUUAGGUUCUUCAUGUCUAUACGUAUAAAUUCAUUCAUUUGUGUAUUGUGUGGUGGUUUUGGUUAGAUAGAUCAUUAUUAGAACAAACAUAAAAAAUGAUAAUAUUGAUAUCCGAUUUAGUGUGUUAAGAAAUGAAUUUAAACCUUGUUUUUAUAUGUUAUUCUUCACUCGUUGUUGGUUUGUAUAAAGAACAUAUGCUUUUUUUGGGUUUAUCGGAUGUUGUACAUUCAUUAUUUGAUGCAUUUCGUGUAUAGUUUAUGUGAUGAAUUUUGUUUGGAGUGUGAAUUUGAUUGCACUGGUUUUAGUUUAAGCGUGUCAUAUGAUAUCUUUCUGUUGUUGUUUUCCACAAGUAUUUGGGUAGGUAUCCUAAGUUUUAUAACAAAAUCAAGGACGAAUUAAACCCAGAAUGGUAUCUGGGUGAUGAAGAUAAACACUUCUUUUGUGAAACCCUUGGUGACUGUCGGGUGGGAUAAACUACAGACAUUUUACAACUUGACUGGGGAUCAAAUAGUCAUGUUCAGUUACAAUGACCAUUUAUAAAUUGAAGUUUAUCAGUACUUUUGUUCUUUAAAUCUAUGAAUUAAUGAUUAUUUUAUGAAACAAAAAAUUAUUUAUGGACUUUAAUUAUUUAAAAAAAAACAUUUUAUAAGAAAAACAUCAUUUCAUAAAAUUAUACUAACUUUUUUACAUUUUAUCAUAAAAAACAAUCAAUAUUUUCCUUUCUAACAAGACCCAGACCAAACAAAAAUAGAAGAAGGAAUUCGCUCAAAAAAAAUAAAUAGAAAAAGGAAUGAUGUGUUUGUUUAGGUUUAGGUCUAUGUGAAUUGCGAUUCCCUCCUCCCUCCCUCCCCUAUUCUAUUGUUACAGAAUGUCGAUGGAAUUGCAACCGGAGCUGAAAUUGGAUCCGAAAUGGAGACCUGUUGAAGAUGUUGAGUUGAAAGACUUGUCUAUAGAUGAUGAUGACAUUGAGCCUUUUGUGAUUAAGUGUGAUCGAUUUGAGUAUAAGAAUAAGGCUCAGAUUAAACUAGAUGAGGAGAUUGAAGCAGCCAUGGCGGAGUACGACAAGCGCCAUCGCAACCUAAGUCCCUUCGAUGCUAUCGCCCCUCCAGCAAUAGCAAGUUUAGCUGGCGGUAUCAGACCCAUUGACAUAACAAAAAACGCACACUUCUCACUCACCUCUCCAAACUUGCUUUCGACGACUAGAAUCAUAAGAAUAAGAAUCAGGUGGAAUGUAUUUCAUUACCCUUUUAAAGCAAAAGCAAUUGAUGCUACUACCAAUCCUGAGACAAAUUUUCCAGGCCCAAGUCUGGAACAAGAGGUUUGCACCUGAGGUCAAGUCGCGUGCCAUCAAAACCUAACUCACUCACUAUGGCCAAGAUGAAAAAGUUACGAAGAAAGUAAGAAAAAUGAUAAAUUUGCCAUAUUUUUAUGAAAAAGUUACGAAGAAAGCCAAGAAGAAAAAGUUACGAAGAAAGUAAGCAAACCAACUCGAUGCAAAAGGGUUGAAAAGUCAAGAAAAACCUCAUUACAACCUUAGCCAAAAGUUAAGUACUUGUAGCUAAAAGAAAAAAGACGAAAAGAUGAAGCAGAAGAAAUAAGUGGAAAUUACGGCUGCUAUGCUAGUAAUCGAUCAUUACAGAUGUAAUGAUACUUUUUGGAAAAACAUCGGUUACACUUUGGUGAAUUGGAUUGUUUCAUGCAAUCAAGCCAAAGGUGGCUAUUGAAUGCAUGAAUUAAGGUCUAUAAAAGCCUCACUCUCCAGCCUUUGUAGUUUAGCUUUGUAACUUCGCAUUUUCUUCAUUUUCUCUCAACUUUAGAGAACUUUUGUUCUUGCACUUUACUGAAUUAUAAUCUAAGUAAGCUUUUUUAUUUUA